UUUUGGUUCGCCAGACCACACGUUCAUAUCUAAAUUAGAUUCAUCUUUCCCACCCAUUCUACCGGUUAUUUGGAAUGAUAUGACCGGCACAAGAUAAAUCUACUCCCUCAGUCCCAAGACGAACGUUAGACGACUAUGCUCAGCGAACAUUCCGUGUUCCUAUGCUUGGAGCACGAAAAGUACUUAACCAGCUGUUAAUAUAAUGAAGAAAAAGAGUCCUCCAUAUCCCUCUAAUCUCAAAAGCUCUCUCCACGAAGAACCAACUGGUCCACAUAAACUAUGUCGAGCCAGUUCGAGGUUGAAAAAGCUCACGCCAACGUCCCAAUGUCUGCCGGUGAAAGACGACGUGCUGCUCUUGCGGAAAUUGAUGAAGCCAGUUUCUCCUGGUUUCACGCUAAAGCCUGUAUAGUUGCUGGCGUCGGAUUUUUCACAGACGCUUAUGAUAUAUUUUCCAUUUCUAUCGCCGCCACCAUGAUUGGUUACGUUUACCAUAACGGUGGUUCCAACACCAGUAAUCAGGAUUUGGGUAUCAAAGUUGCCCAUUCUAUUGGCACUUUCUUCGGUCAGCUCCUCUUUGGUUAUCUCGCCGAUCACAUUGGUAGGAAAAGGAUGUACGGUGUUGAAUUGAUCAUUAUCAUCAUUGGUACUCUCGGUCAGGCGGUCGCCGGCCAUGCUCCAGGCGUUAAUAUUUAUGGUGUUUUGAUUAUGUGGCGUUUUAUCAUGGGUAUUGGGAUUGGAGGUGACUAUCCGGUUUCUUCUGUCAUCACCUCCGAAUUCGCAGCCCGUAAGAUUCGAGGAAGGAUGAUGGCUGCUGUUUUCUCAGCUCAAGGUUGGGGAAACUUCACUUGCGCUAUUGUCGCAGUGAUUGUCGUCGCUGCUUAUAAGGACUCUAUCCAUUCUCAGCCUCUUGAUGACUUGAAAUCCGUCGACCAAGCGUGGCGUCUCAUCAUAGGUAUCGGGUGUGUUCCCGCCGUUAUAGCUCUCUACUUCCGAUUGACUAUUCCCGAAACUCCUCGCUACACAAUGGAUGUUGAGCGAAACAUCAAACAGGCUUCUCAAGACGUCGAUGCGUACAUCACUACCGGUCAAUACAUUGCAGACCCAGUACAAAUCAAUGAUCGCGCCGAGGUCCCUAAGGCUUCAUGGUCUGAUUUCGCUCGUCAUUUCGGGCAGUGGCAGAACGGCAAAGUUUUACUUGGCACUUCUUGGUCAUGGUUCGCCUUGGACAUAGCGUUUUAUGGUCUAGGACUAAACUCAUCAACUAUUUUGUCAACCAUCGGCUUCGGUUCUUCUACCGACCUUCCAACCAAACAAGAAAACAUCUAUCAAACAUUAUACAACGUUGCUGUCGGUAAUAUUAUUUUGGCUGUUGGAGGACUAAUUCCUGGAUACUAUUUCUCCAUGGCAUUUAUCGAUUCAUGGGGUCGAAAACCUAUCCAACUGAUGGGGUUUGUACUCCUUACGAUCAUUUUUGUCUGUAUGGGCUUCGGUUACGAUAAAAUGCUUUCUACCGACCCCGGCAAAAAGGCCUUUGUCUUCCUCUAUUGCAUGGCAAACUUUUUCCAAAAUUUUGGGCCCAACACUACGACCUUUAUAGUCCCCGGAGAAGUCUUCCCUACUCGUUACCGAUCAACUGCCCAUGGUAUCUCCGCCGCAUCAGGCAAGCUGGGCGCCAUCGUUGCCCAGGUCGGAUUUUCCAGGCUUAUCAAUAUUGGUGGCACAAACCAGUUCCUCAAGCACAUCUUGGAAAUCUUCGCUUUCUUCAUGCUUACCGGUGUUUUCAGCACAUUACUUCUUCCCGAGACUAAGAACCGAAGCCUAGAGGACUUGUCACAGGAAGACCAAGAAAGUUUUGUUAGGAACUCUGGUACGGCCACUGCUGUCCCUAUGGUACAGAAGACUGGCACUUCAUCAGACGAUGAGAGGGUUCUUGCUGAGGCUCUGUAGAUGCUAGAGACAAGGUACAUCACAGUAUAUUGGAUGAUCUUGAUGAUGUUAUAAUAACAUGUAUUGGUAUAACAUGGGAAGUGCAAAUCCAAAUCCAUUGUAAUGCCUGAAAUGA